UUUCGUUCAUCCCUCUCGUUCCCACACCCCAACUCCCUGAUCUGUACACUCUCUGCAUCAGGUACAAUAUUAGUCUUCCACGUCGAGGGUACGUUCACUAACACCCUAUCGUCGUCGUCGUCGCAGCUCCCCAUAACAUGGCUAACGUCUUCUUUGAUAUUACCAUUGGCGCCAAGCCUGCCGGUCGUGUGGUGUUCAAACUGUACGACGAUGUUGUCCCCCUCACCGCUAGGAACUUCCGGGAGCUCGCCACCGGGAAGAACGGCUAUGGCUACAAGGGUAGUAUAUUCCAUCGUGUGAUCCCCAGCUUCAUGCUCCAGGGUGGCGACUUUACGAAGGGGGACGGGACUGGAGGGCACUCUAUCUACGGGGAGAAGUUCAAGGAUGAGAACUUCAAGUUGAGGCACACUAAGCCUGGUCUUCUCUCUAUGGCAAACGCCGGCAAGAACACCAACGGCUCGCAGUUCUUCAUCACGACCGUCGCUUGUGAUUGGCUCGACGGGAUUCACGUCGUGUUUGGCGAGGUCGUCUCCGGCAUGGAAGUUGUGAAGGAGGUUGAAUCCCACGGGUCCAGGAACGGUGGUACAAAUGCCAAGAUUGUGAUUGCGGACGCCGGUGUUGUGUAAAGGUCGAGUGUGCUGGAUGGAAGAGGCAAGAGGUGAUAGCCAUGUAAGCUGGAUAAACCCCGCGACCUAGACCGCGGUGCGGGUGUUAUCAAGUGCCAGUUGUGUUUACUGUGCGGUGUUCUAGCAUGUGUUACCUCCUCAUCGGCGAAGAAAUAAAUAUUUUUCUGUCCCAUCAUGCGGAUAAGGUGCU